GCCGCCGCCGAGAACGGACGUGCCACUCAAAGAUUAAUUUGUUAAAUUACGCGUUCAUACCCGUCCGUUUUUCUACUGCAAUAUUUUAUUACUUUUGAAGCCAUUUCUUUAUAGUCCAGUGCUAAAAGUGUUAUGCCGUUGUAUACAAUAAACAGUUAACAAAAUAAACAUGUCAGUGCAGUGAAAUGGAUUCUGAACAAUAGAUCAACGUUCCUCUAUAUAUAAUGUCGAAGACUUUGAAUGCCUACAGAAUAAAGAAGAUCGAAUCGCUGGGCAGGAUGACGGCGAUGUCGCAGGAGGAGCUGGUAGCGGGCGCGCGCACCGUGGCGGCUGGGCUCGAGGCACUUCGGGCCGAGCACGCUCAGCUGUUGGCAGGGCUCGCUGGACCCGCCGCCGCUGACCACGAGAAUGAGAAAGCCGCGCUUGUUAGGAAGAGCAUUGAUGCCAUUGAGCUGGGGCUUGGUGAAGCGCAAGUGAGUGUUACGACAACUACCACCAAGUUACCAUCCGCGGUGUUUUCGCAACCAGAUAGUUCUCUGCAGAGACAGGAUGUGUAUAUGGAUGUACUCCAACACAGUCCACGAAGAGAUAACAAACCUAUUUGGCAAGUCGCUGAGGAGCGUGAGGAGAACAAACAUCUACAGAAGGAGAACGCUCCGUAUGGCGAGUACGGCGGCUGGCAUAAGGCUGCUAAGGUGGAUUCCCCAACAGUGACAACAACUCUAAAGAACUUAGGAGCGCUGUACCGUCGGCAAGGCAAGUACGAAGCGGCCGAGACGCUCGAAGACUGCGCGCUACGUAGCAGGAAAGAGGCAUUGGACAUCGUGAAACAGUCGCGAGCACGCGGUCGACACGGCAGCCGCGAAUCCAUCGACCAUCAGGAACAUCACGACGAGGGUUCAAAUCAGGCGAGCGAGCCGCGAAUGAACUUAAAAUCAAAGCUGUUCAAUGCACUAGGCAUCAACACCAGCAACGCUCCGCACCAGUAGUAAAUAAGUCUAGAUUUAGGUCUUAAAUCUAGGUCAUAGGUAUUAAGAUGCUCGCUUCAUUUAGUAAAUGAUCCUUUGUUUUAAUAGUUGCAUUUGAAUUGUACAUCGUGUAAUGUAGUUUUUUUUACUACGAAAUAUUCUAGGACAUUCGAAAUGUUGCUGUCCCGGUGUUAAGUGAUACUUGCGUAGUAGCUUAAAUACAAAAAAAAAACUAACCGGCUAUAGAAAAAAAUAAUAAGGAUCAGUUACGUCACACUUAAAAACCUGUCAGUCAUGUUGUGUUUUGCACUUUAUUAUAAUAAAGAAAAUACGUGCAAAAUUCAAAGAGCUUGACCAUGACUGCUUAGUAUUAUUUAUUAGCAUGCGUUAGGGGCACUAAUUAUUAGUAACAUGUGAAAAAAAUAUAUUAAAAAAAAAUACAAAUAUGAUGUGUGAUAUGAAGAGAGUUUGCUACCGUCCUAAAAUAUGUAUAUUAAAAAAAAUAGUAUAAAGACGGUGAACGGUUCUUUUAAUUGAUGACGUCAUACUGUCAUGGAACUACGUGUUACAAUCUACGAGGACGCGUUAAUUCCGUAGCUUUUGGACGUGUAAUAGGAGUUCCUAUAACCAUGUAGGAACUUCCGGGAACAUUGAUCCCAGUACCCCAUUACGGAAUAAAAUGCGACGGUGUAAGAUAAAACGCAAAAACGGUGUAAUUCAUAAAAAAUAAUUUAAAUAUUUGCAUUUAUUUGUCAUUGUGGUGUGUCCGUAAUAUUUAUUAAUUGCAAUAUUAUUGUUAUUUUUUUAAUUCGCGCAUGUGUUAAAACAACGAUAUAAUUUUAUUUGCUUUACAAUUUUAUGCAACUUUUAAUUUCCUGAUGCGUACAGGGUAUAAGAAAACAUCUAAUUAUAUUAUACAUUCACACGUUGAAAUCGAAAACGUAACUCAACGAAAAUCUGUUUUUUUUUUUAAAUUCAAACAUAUUUUCAGACACGUUUAGGUUUUAUUGAUUUUAUUGAAUAUCAUGAUGUCUUUACUACCAUGAUAUUCAUUUAGUUGUCGUGUAAUGACUCCAUUAGUUUGUUAUAAUUGUUAAUACAAAGUUCGCACACUAAAAAAAAUUCUUCGAUCUGACAGAGUCGAAGUCUGUAUUUAAAUAAUAAACAUUGCCAUCAAAUUUAGCAAAUCAAAAUAUAUUUAAAAAAUCAAAUUACCUAUAACAUAGUUUAUUUCCCAAUAGUCGAAUUUUUCCUUUAGUGACAGUAUAGAUUUCAACGUGCGAUAUAAUUAUAUUUAAAUAUAUCAAUGUAAAAACAAUCAUUUUCUUUAUAAAACAUUUUAAUCGAAAAUACAUAAAUUAUAAUUGUUCUUACGCCCUGUACAGAAGUAAUCGUGUUCUUGUAUGUGAAGAUUGCAUGUAAUGUUAGUUCGUGAUUGUGUAUUUUUAUUAUGUCACUUAAUUUUACCAUGUAGUCUUUUUUUAAUCUAGUAUGAACAUCUUUCUUUUGAAUUGUAAUGCUAAACUUUCAUUCCAGAAUAAGAUGUAAGCUUUAUGUGAGAUAAUCGAGUUAUAUAUAGGUUAUUAAUAUAAUAUUUUUUAUAUACACGUGAUCUUUAUUUCUAUUACUUUGGUGCUCGAGAUUUUUAUUGUGUAAAUGCCGUACCGUUCUUGUUUGUCUAUUCCCUUUAAAGUUGUCCUGAUAACAGAAUUUCUCAGGCUUCUCAUUCUUGUAGGGUUAGCACGACAGGGCGCGACUUGUGCGAGAGCGACAUAAAGCGCGAGAUCUCUAAGGCUCAAUUUAUAUUACGGCGGAACGGAAUGGAAGCGAAAUUUUUAUGGUCAAUUGUGUGACGUUCAAACUAGAUACGAGCCAAAAAUCACGUAUCUCGUCUUCCGCGGAAUUCCCGCGAAUGCUCGAGCAUUCCAACGUCCGCGCGCGCCUUCUCGUGCAGCGAGGCGUAAUUGACGCUUGCGUUCCAUUCCUUUCCGCUGAAAUGUAAAUUGAGCCUGAGGGAGAUUAGCACUGUCUCGCGCUUUAUAUCGCUCUACACAACUCUCUAAAUAUCUAAAUGUUAGCGUCAACAUGUCCCGGGACUUCUGGGACUAAGUAAAUGUUAAAAUGUCCCAUCACGGAACAAUUUUCACUGGAAUAUUGUGGAAUUAAAUGUAAAAGGUGACAAGGUCAGGGCUAGAAUAAGGAAUCUCCAAAUUUUUUUUUUUUAAUGGCACACUUCUCGUCACAACAAUACGAUUUUAUUGAAUUUCCGCUAUCACAUCGUCG